CUGUGGGUUUGGGGGCCCUGCAUGCCCCUGGCUCCGUCAUACAGAAGGAAAAUGACAAGAAGAUCCUGGAACUCAUCUUCAGUAUCAUUCGUCUGCUCACUGGGGAGGAGUCAGAGAAUUUGAAUAAAGACAAUGCCCUUAGCACAAAAGAUAUAAAAGAAGAGGAGCCUCAGCAGCUCCACCCACUGGACGGUGACUAUGAAGAUAAGAGAGAGAUUCCAGCUGAUCUGGGAGGAACAUUAUGUUAUAAUAAUGAGCCAAGCAAGAUUGGGGCUGAAGGGGCAGAUUCUUGUGCCGACGGAAAUCUCACAAACCCUGAAAUGUCUCCAGCGGAACAGCCCCCACCAGCCAAUGGGAUUAAAGAGGAGGCGGCUUCAUGGGAAGGGGGAAACCAAUCAGAUUGCAGCAUUAAUCCCCUUACAGAACAGAUACAGGGAACAGACACACCUACUCCUAUCAUGGGGUGCAGCCUGAAUAACAGCUCGGCAGCUAAUUGUAUAUCGGAUGGGAUCAAAGAGGAGGUGGUUUUAUGUGAAGAGGGAAACCAAUCAGAUUGCAGCAUUAAUCUACUGACAGAACAGGGAACAGACACCCCUAUUCCUGUCAUGGGGUGCAGCCUAUUUAUAAUGCAGGAUAAUAAACAUGAUGAGAAUGCCUUUACAACCGAACAUGAAUGUGACAUAACAAAACAGAUUAUUCGCAAGAAAUACACCUGCAAUCUGUGCCAUAAACAGUUUCUUCAGAAAAGAGACAUCGAUAGACAUGAAAGAACUCACAGAAAAGAGAGACACUUUCUUCAUCACAGAUCUCUUCAUAAUCAUCUGAGCGUUCCUGACGAUAAGAAACAGUUUUCUUGUUCCGAGUGUGGGAAAUGUUGUUCGAAUCAAAAUAACCUUAAAUAUCACCAGAGAACUCACACAGGGGAGAAACCAUUUUCUUGCUCUGAAUGUGGGAAAUGUUUUUCCACUUCAUCAGAAGUCACUGUCCAUCGACGACGAAUGCACACAAGCGAGAGACCAUUUUUUUGUUCGGAAUGCGGGAAACGUUUUGCCACGUCCUCCGAACUCACUGUCCAUCUCCGAACCCACACAGGGGAGAAACCAUUUGCCUGCUCUGAGUGUGGGAAAUGUUUUACCAGAUCAACACAACUCACUGUCCAUCACAGAACCCACACGGGAGAGAAACCUUUUUCCUGUUUGGAGUGUGGGAAAUGUUUCACGCGUAACCGUACCCUAAAACUACACCUUGAGCUGCACAAAGUAGCAAAACCAUAAGUUUGUUCUUAAAGGGACAUUAAACCCUGCUGCUCAACCAAACUUUACCCAGUUGUUGCUAGACUACAAAUCCCAGAAUAAUGUAACAUAUAAUGAAGGGUGAG